CUGGCUCCUUUCGGAGCUUCCCGGGCAAGAGCGGAUCACGUGAUCCAGUUUUCGCGCGAAAACCGGUGGCUGCUGGUCCGGUGGAGCGAGCGCAGAAAUGGCGGAGUCUUCUGAGUCCUUCUCGGCUGCAUCUAGCCCUGCCCGGCGGCGGCGGGUCAGUGACCCCCUCACCUCCAGCCCUGGCCGCAGCUCCAGACGUGCGGACGCCCUCACCUCCAGCCCUGGCAGAGACCUCCCCCCAUUUGAGGAUGAGUCUGAGGGGCUGCUGGGCACUGAGGGCCCCGUUGAGGAAGAAGAGGAUGGCGAGGAGCUCAUUGGUGAUGGCAUGGAGAGAGACUACCGUCCCAUUCCUGAGCUUGAUGUCUACGAGGCAGAGGGAUUGGCCCUGGAUGAUGAAGACGUGGAGGAGCUGACGGCCAGUCAGAGGGAGGCAGCAGAGCGGGCCAUGAGGCAGAGGGACCGAGAGGCUGGCAGAGGCCUGGGCCGCAUGCGCCGGGGGCUGCUGUAUGACAGUGACGAGGAAGAUGAGGAGCGGCCUGCCCGUAAACGCCGCCAGGUAGAGCGCGCCACAGAGGAUGGUGAGGAGGAUGAAGAGAUGAUCGAGAGCAUUGAGAACCUGGAGGAUCUAAAGGGACACUCAGUUCGUGAGUGGGUGAGCAUGGCAGGACCCAGGCUGGAGAUCCAUCACCGCUUCAAGAACUUCCUGCGCACCCAUGUGGACAGCCACGGCCACAAUGUCUUCAAGGAGCGCAUCAGUGAUAUGUGCAAAGAGAACCGUGAGAGCUUGGUGGUGAACUAUGAAGACCUGGCGGCCCGGGAACAUGUGUUGGCAUACUUCCUGCCUGAGGCCCCAGCUGAGCUGCUGCAGAUCUUUGAUGAGGCCGCCCUGGAGGUGGUGCUAGCCAUGUACCCUAAAUACGACCGCAUCACCAACCACAUUCAUGUGCGCAUUUCCCACCUGCCUCUGGUGGAGGAAUUGCGUUCACUGAGGCAGCUGCAUCUGAACCAGCUGAUCCGUACCAGCGGCGUGGUGACUAGCUGCACUGGAGUCCUGCCCCAGCUCAGUAUGGUCAAGUAUAACUGUAGCAAGUGCAACUUUGUACUGGGGCCUUUCUGCCAGUCUCAAAAUCAGGAAGUGAAGCCUGGCUCCUGCCCUGAGUGCCAGUCUGCUGGGCCCUUUGAGAUCAACAUGGAAGAGACCAUCUAUCAGAACUACCAGCGUAUCCGCAUCCAAGAGAGUCCCGGCAAGGUGGCGGCUGGCCGGCUGCCCCGCUCCAAGGAUGCUAUUCUCCUUGCUGAUCUGGUGGACAGCUGCAAGCCAGGAGACGAGAUAGAGCUGACUGGCAUUUACCACAAUAACUAUGACGGCUCACUUAACACUGCCAAUGGCUUUCCAGUCUUUGCCACUGUCAUCUUGGCCAACCAUGUUGCCAAGAAGGACAACAAAGUAGCCAUCAGUGAGCUAACCGAUGAGGAUGUGAAGAUGAUCACCAGCCUUUCCAAGGACCAGCAGAUUGGAGAGAAGAUCUUUGCCAGCAUUGCACCCUCCAUCUAUGGGCAUGAAGACAUCAAGAGAGGCCUGGCUUUGGCUCUGUUUGGAGGAGAGCCCAAGAACCCAGGUGGAAAGCACAAGGUUCGAGGUGACAUUAACGUGCUCCUGUGUGGGGACCCUGGCACAGCAAAGUCUCAGUUCCUCAAAUACAUCGAGAAAGUGUCUAGCCGUGCCAUCUUCACCACUGGCCAGGGUGCGUCAGCUGUGGGUCUCACUGCAUAUGUCCAGCGGCACCCCGUCAGCAGAGAGUGGACCUUAGAGGCCGGAGCCCUGGUUCUGGCCGACCGGGGCGUGUGUCUCAUUGAUGAGUUUGACAAGAUGAAUGACCAGGACAGGACCAGCAUCCACGAGGCCAUGGAACAGCAAAGCAUUUCCAUCUCCAAGGCUGGCAUCGUCACCUCGCUGCAAGCCCGCUGCACCGUCAUCGCUGCUGCCAACCCCAUAGGGGGCCGCUAUGACCCUUCACUGACCUUCUCAGAGAAUGUUGACCUCACAGAGCCCAUCAUUUCCCGCUUUGACGUCCUAUGUGUGGUGAGGGACACUGUGGACCCAGUUCAGGAUGAGAUGCUGGCCCGCUUUGUGGUUGGCAGCCAUGUCAGACACCACCCCAGCAACAAGAAGGACGAGGGGCUGACCAACGGCAGCGUCUUGGAGCCAGCAAUGCCCAACACAUAUGGCGUGGAACCCCUGCCUCAGGAGGUCCUGAAGAAGUACAUCAUCUAUGCCAAGGAGAGAGUCCACCCAAAGCUUAACCAGAUGGACCAAGACAAAGUGGCCAGGAUGUACAGUGACCUAAGGAAGGAAUCUAUGGCAACGGGCAGUAUUCCCAUCACGGUGCGCCACAUUGAGUCCAUGAUCCGCAUGGCAGAGGCCCACGCACGCAUGCACCUGCGGGACUAUGUGAUGGAAGAUGAUGUCAACAUGGCCAUCCGCGUGAUGCUGGAGAGUUUCAUUGACACACAGAAGUUCAGUGUCAUGCGUAGCAUGCGCAAGACCUUUGCCCGGUACCUCUCCUUCCGGAGAGAUAACAAUGAGCUUCUGCUCUUCAUACUGAAGCAGCUGGUGGCUGAGCAGGUGACAUAUCAGCGCAACCGCUUUGGGGCCCAGCAGGACACCAUUGAAAUUCCUGAGAAGGACUUGGUAGACAAGGCCAGGCAAAUCAAUAUCCACAACCUCUCCGCCUUCUACGACAGUGAGCUCUUCAGAAUCAACAAGUUCAGCCGUGACCUGAAACGCAAGAUGAUCCUGCAGCAGUUCUGAGGCCAGCACCAGACCUCUGUGUCUGCACAGACACAAAGCCCACUUCCACCAUCGGCUCAGCGCUCGGUUGGGGUGAUAGCUAGAUGCACAUCUUCACCAUGAUCCCCUGGGCCCAGGCUGUGGUGUGAAAUGACUGUAUUUAUUCUGCUCACCUCUAGAGAGCUCUUCUUGGUAGGACCCUCUGCCCAAGGCUCAGCAGCCUCCCAGAGUGCCUAGUAGCUGGUGUUCAGUGGCUGGGGUGUGUUCAGGUGACAGACUUUACCAUGAGUUUUGUUUCUGGACUGUUUCUUCCCAUUUUAGCCAAAGAGCAACUUAGAGGUAUUUGUAAACUUUUCUAGAGCAUUCUGAGAGCCUGUGUUCCUGUUUCUUCCCACCUAACUGUGCCUUUAUUCACUUUUUGUACAGUAUUUUGUCUCUGUAGUUUAUUUUUUAGUAAAGUUGAAUACAAUCUAAA